AUGAGCUUCCCCUGGGCCGUGUCGUACCGAGACGCAGCUCCUGAUCCGUUCUGGGGCGAGCCUACAUCGGCGGUCAACUUCUGCGAGGAGGACUACAUCAUCACCAAAUAUAUCGGCGAGUUCUUCAACACGUUGACCAGUCUGCUAUACAUCGCAUACGGCAUCCAUGGCAUACGAAGAUUCAGGCGUCAAGGCGCCGGUUCUUUUGAAAACACGAGCCUCUCCUACUGGGCCUUGAUCGGAGUCGGCAUCUUCUCUGGACUCUACCACACGACCUUGAAGUAUCAUACUCAGAUGUCGGACGAGCUAUCAAUGCAUCUGGCCAUCGGUACAGUCUUGCAGCAGACCUGGUGCUUUCAAGAACCGCCGAAGAUUCAACGUCGCAACACUGCGAUCAUUCUGGGCAUCCUAGUGCCCUUCGUCAUCUACCACUGCGUUACCGACGAAUUCGUCCUCCACGUCCUGCUUUUCUUCUGCAUGUGCUGGAUCGUGGCAUAUCGAGUUCGGUAUAUCAUUCACAUCCGGAUCAAGGAACGAGAACACCGCCAGAGGUUGAGGUCUUUACUCACAUUCGCCUCGAUGACGGCACUGACUUCAUACGGCAUCUGGAACAUCGAUGUCAACUUCUGUUCAACGCUCACGACGUGGAAACGACAGUUGGGCAUGCCACUGGGCAUUUUGCUGGAACUACACGGAUGGUGGCACAUUGGCACGGCGGUAGCAGCCUACACGUUCAUGUCUAUCAUCGAGUUCUUGGUGAGCCCGGAGGAUCUUGAAAGCCAUGGCGUUGGCUUCGCCUGGCCAGCCAAAGCCAUUUUGCAGGAUCUGGCUCCCAAAGCGGUCAUGAACGGCAAUGCCAAUGGCCACACGAAAGGCGAGUAA